CCCCGCUAAAAAGAAUAUGCCGAGUGGGCGCCCCGCCUACUUCUCGUACAACUGCCGGUAGCUUUCCACAAAUCGUCGACGCAAAACAAAUCUGCCCUUCCAGAAAAGAAGAGCCAAGCCAAGCCAGCCCCCGUCUCCGCUCAGAGUUCUUUUUUCCCCCAGCAAAAAGUUAUCCACCAAAGUCGAUGUUGGGUACGCAAAAAUAAAGACGAAACACUCUCCAAAAAAAAAGUAACACACCAACCAACCAACCUAGCUGGAGGCGAAGAAAAGAAGACAAGACAAAAAAGGAGCAGAACAUUUCAAAACACAAAAAUAAGAAAAUGUCCUACACGAAAAACUACUACGCCAUCCUCGGGCUUGAAGAACCCUCAUCAUCACCAUCAUCAUCCAGCGCCGGGCGGCAACGUACAGACUCACUCUGCACCGCAGACGUGAGAAAAGCGUAUAAAAGCGCGCUGCUGAGCGCCCAUCCGGAUAAAACCCGCAGUAGCACGGACAAGACAACAGGAGGGAAAGACAGUAAAAGCAAAGAAGAAGCACACACAUAUACUAUCGACGACGUGAAGGAAGCGUAUUUCGUGCUGAGCGAUGCGGGGCGCAGGGGCGCUUAUGAAGAGUGGUUCCUAGGCAGGGAUAGUGCGGGUGCGCGUUCGGGAACUGGGGGGGUGGGUGUAGGCAUGGGAGAGUUUGUCCUCGGGCUGGAGGUGCUGGAUUUGAGUGAUUUCUCUGCAGGGGAGGAGGGAGAUGGGGAGGCGGAGUGGACGAGGGGUUGUCGGUGUGGGGAUUCGAUGGGGUUUCGCAUCUUUGAGAGUGAGUUGGAGGGUGCGGAGGGGAGGGGGGAAAGGGAGGUGCUGGUUGGGUGUGGGGGGUGUAGUUUGUGGGUUAGGGUGGGGUUUGAGGUUGAGGUU